AUUAUUUCUGCUGAGCUCCCCCCGCUCGAACCUGAGCUAUUUUUCUCACAACGAAAUAAUCGCUCACAAUUUCACCGAAACUCUGAACUUUUUGUCUGCUCUGCCAAAGAAAGCACAACCAGCCAGUACAAGACAAUAAUGAUGAUGGCUACGGCUGUCAAUAACCACAACAACAAAGGGACGAUGAACAAUCCAACUCUGCGACGCUCCAGUAGUAGUAGCCAUGCUGGCGGUGGUAGCAACCAAGACAAGGCGGCGUUGCGGAGUCUGGCGCUGUUGCUGGGUUUUGCCUUGCUGAUUCUCAUGACGCAACUGACGCAAUUUGGAUCGCUGCAGCAAGAAUAUCGUCGUCGCAACUAUCAGCUACAUCACAGAGCUGUUGUCAAUGAGCAUGGAUCCCUCGUCGAGUCAGUCGUAGAAUUUAGAGAAGAAGAAGAGCCUCGACAGCAACUCUCGCUGCUUCAAGCGUCCUUGGCGUCGUUACGAGGAGCCGAGAAACAAGGCAAUGACGAUGACAGUCCGAAAAUGCAGCAGGCAAAAUCCACAAUCACAAAGACGAAAAAGACGCAGAAACUCCCUGACUGGCGUCUGGGCAUGGAUUGUUCGAUUUGGGAUUUUCACUGUGUCACCUUGAAGCAAAGCUCGGGCUUGUACCAAGAGUAUCCCUUCCCCUACGGACGUUUCUACGAUCAUCAAGACGCCUUUGACUGGGAGUCCAUGGAUCACGUGCCAUUGGACUGGCAGCACGAAUUGGCACAAGUCAACACCACACUGCUCUAUCCCCCACCUCGACCUAUCGAGUAUCGAUACAAGCCACGCUCCUCCCAAUCGCAGUAUCGUGCUUGUCUGCAAUCGGCACACGAACGAUCUUGGAAGGAUCAAUUAACAAAUUUGAUCCAAUCCAAACAAAUUGAUGCGAGUCUUAAUAAUGACCUCAAUCUACUGGCCUUUACCAUUUCCGACUACACGUAUGCCAAGGACAUGAUGCACGAGGUUUUUGAAAUGAACAAUCAUGUGGUCGGCUUUCCAGGGGCCUUUUUCAUGGUGGCUCUGGACAACAAAACCUUGGAAAUGGCAUGUCACUACAACUACCCCGUCAUUGCAUGGGAUACCGCAACACCCACCACCACAACAACAACAACAUCUCGUAGACAGCAGCAGAUCGACGACAACGCAACAACCACAACCACAACGGAGGAUCAGCUCCGAGCGUCGGUACAAAACACCAAAUUAGAAGUAUCGCUGGCUCUGCUCGAAAUGGAACAGUCCUUUUUCUUUUACGAAAUGGAUGUCUGGUUCCUUCAAUCGCCCCUGCCCGUCAUAAAGCUGUUUGAAGAGGACAUGUUGUUUUCAUCCCAUCAAAAUUGUCCCAUUUGUGUCAAUAUCGGUGUUUACUUUGUCCGUGCCACUGCGGCUACCAAGGAAUACUUUCAAAUCGCCAUUCAGUUGGCCAAAGACAGUCCCAAUACACACGAUCAAUACAUUAUGGGACAAAUCCUGCACAUGCAACAUUUGGGCGACAAGAGUAAGUGGGAGUACAAUCCAGAUCGAUGGGAUCCUCUGCCGGGGUAUUUUCCUACAUUCCAUACGACCGUCAAGACGGGAUUCUUUAGUCCUCAUGAAAUUGUGGCCAGUGAACGGCCCUAUGCCUCCCAAAUGGCCAUUGCCAUUCACCCGCUGCGAGAAUCACCACUCAAAGAUCCACAUGGCAAGAAAAUGCUCGCCAAGGAAAUGGGAGCUUGGUAUGGAUUCAAUGGUGAUGAUGGACUAAUAAUAACAACAGAACAGGCUGCUGGUUAUUAUCAUCGGGAAGGAGCGGCUCGUCGAUACAUUUUGUUGGAUGGACACAUUUUGAAUGGAUAUUCCACCGUUAUGAAUUGGGAAUUUCAGGGGGAUGAAGCCGGGCUCUAUCACUGCAUUGAAAACCUCCGAUGGACGGUAGCCGCAUUGGUGGCACUGGCGCGACGCACCGGUCGGAUUCUCAUUUUGCCGCCGGUGGCCAAAGAUCGGGGGGUCCACUUUUUAUGGACGGCCUUGGAUCUCCAAUCGGUGGAAGAACUGGGGGUGGACUAUCGAGAGACGACCUUUUUCAACAAUCACAAGUCCUGGAUUCAUGACGACACACCCUUUGACACGGUCGCUCGAACAGCCAUGGGCGAUUUCAAGAAAGAUCAGACCAUGUUUGCACAGUAUUACGACGACAGCAAUGCACAACAACACGGUAACGCUGAUGCUGAUCCGCCAGUGACGAUGACGACACGGGCUUGGAAGUUCAACAGCACCUUGAUGGAUCAGGUUGAUGCCAUUGAUGCUUGGUGGGCUCUGCACACCACCAUUCCCGAGAUUGAUGCUGCAGAAGCGCUUCUGGUCAAUACACACUUUUUGAAUCAGCACUAUCAUCGACCAUUAGGUGGGAGGCUACGAAAGGAAUUCCGCAAAAUGAAUCCUGAUCCCAGGACGGGACGAGGUAGAGCCGAGUAUGACAUUGCAGGGACUUUUGCCAAGCUUCGGUGGUGUCCAGAGGGAAAGCACUUUGGCGUGCAGGACGAAAUUGCGGGUGUGUUCAAGAGUAACGACGAUUGCUAUGGGAAAGGAGAGCUGUACAAGUAGUGCAGCUAACUAUAACUAAGCAUGGGCGAAACGAGUUUUUAAAAUGCGGUAAUGGUUGCUAUAGUACGUUGUCAUUCAUGCGCUACCGUAUCACACAAACUUUAGCAACACGCAGCUGUGAAACGGCUGCAUCGUCAAAGCUCGGCUCAAGAAAGGAUGUGUACGCAUCGGAUGACAUGCAGUGUUGGCGUCCUUCGUCGUGUGAAAUGCA